AUGUACAUGAUCAUGCGAACCAUUGGAUACUCUGAAGGGACGCCAUUGCAGCAAGAAGCAGGUUCCUCGGUAAUCGGUAGAGAAACUGAAAGUGAACAGUAUGUACUUUACAGCAGCGACGGAGAUGAAGAGAUGAUGGAAGUAGUGGUGGAAGAUGAUGUGGAAAAUCAGGAGCUGAUGAGAGAACCAACGGAAGGCACGCAAAUGGAGUUAGAGCAGGCGCUACAGCAAAUGAAGGAAACAAGCAAGAGAUUAGGCUUGUUGACAGCGAAUAUUGGAAGGAACGGAAACACUGCUCGCCGUCCAGACGUGCCUUCGGUCGGCCGUCCUCAAGCAUUGACACCGUUAAGGAGACUGGACAAGCGCUCUCAUCUACACAAGAAAGAGCAGGCUAAGCGGAAACCAACUGCGAACAUGUCAGACUAUGCGCGGGAUGAGAGGGACGCGUGCGCUGUUUGCCUUCGGAAGCAGCCAAACAAUAGCACAAGCAAUCAAAUUUGUUGGAUUCAGUGUCCAACAUGCGAAGAUUGGAUGCAUAUUGAUUGCAUCAGCAAAGUAUUUCCUCGUGACGGCAGUAAACUGGAUGAAGUGAUAGAUAGCAUGUACAAUAACAGAACAUGUGUGUUUAUUUAG